CCUGUCCCAGCCUUAGGGGACGGCACCCAACAGGUGCCUGCACGGGGUCACAGCGUGGCGCCCAAAGAUGUCAAAGUCUGUAGUUCGAAGCAUUCUGUGUGAUGCCUUACGAAGGCUGACCUGAAACAGAGACUGGACAGAGCUAGAGAAUAAACUUCAGGUUGUGAGGUCCCAUCCUUGUUCCUCCCUUCAGUCCAUCAUUGUUUGUGCUUUUGGGCCUGAAAGUUGUCCUUGGUCUUCAGUGGGAGAAGGAUUCGUCUACCUACUCUGUGAAGAGAGCUUACCAGCAUUUAAUAUGAGGCUCAGAACUACACCCCUAGGCAGCACAGAAUCUGAAAAACAUGAAAGCUAAAACUUAAGGCAUCACGUGCACAGGACACAUGCAUUCCAAAGCGUUCCGUGAACAGGGACCUGCACGAGGGAUGAUGAGGAGACACACACAAAGGAUUCAGUUCAGUUUGGCUUUCCUGGCUUCCUGGUUAGCUUCUGGAGCAGUUACCUGUGGGUAACCAACAGCCACAGCAAGGGGAUUGAAUCAUCCAGCAGCAAGUGUUCCUAAUAAAGCCAAAGUCAGUAACUCCACUAUUUGGAGAACCCAUAUAAUAAUGGAUUAUUUGGAACUCCAAAGGCUCACUAGAGGCUGGAAAUCCCUUGCAGAAGCUGAGAACCAGGAAAAGAACAGUCACUGGAAACCCGAGUAGGAGACAAGCUGAAACAUAAGAUACACUGCACAUUCUAGAAGUGAUAAUGUAAGAAUGCCCGUUUGGUAUCUUUAACUGAGGAAGUGCUCCAGUUGUCUUUUAAAAGGGAAGAACAUCACAAACACUUCCAAAGAAAACUUGUUGUCCAUACAUGAAUAAUAAUUAGUGAAUUAUUUGAUUUGUAUCAUAGUUUGGUUUUUUUUUUCUACAAGACAAUUAUGUUUAGGAGUUCAGCAUUUGGAACUCUGAUGUUUUUUUCCUGCAUUCCCAUUGGUGUCUCAAUGGGUUCCUUUUUGGUUGUGUUAGUGUGGCAACUGAGAUGGAUAAUACCUUAGCCUAUGCAGAAACCAUAAGCCUGAGACCAUGGGAGAUGGGAGAUGGAAAUUAGGAUGCUAAUGGCAUCAUUCCAAAAUAGGUCGUGUCUCUAGUUCUGGUUCUCUGUUACUUCAGGACCUUUGACAUAUGAAGUCAUGUGUUUGGGAUUGGACCCUGCCCCCGGAUAAGCUUAUAUAUUGUGAAGUUAGCCACACCCCUGGGCCUUUGGGUGUUGCCCCUGGAAUCGUGUGGUCUCUGUGUUUGUGAUGGGACCACCAUUAAAGUUUGGUUUCGGGCACUCCAUGGUUCCCGUCCCGUUUAUUUUUGCCACGCUCUGACCGGCCGGACUGGACCCAGAAUCACACUGCUGACUGUGAUAUGUUAGCACUGUGAGAGAGCAGGUGAGCUUCCUGCAUGCCCAAACUGUGUCCCCACACUGAGGAGGACCUAAGGCUACUGCUGUUUUCCUUUAACACGGCUGUCUGGGUUCUGCUGGGGAGAGACCUUGCAGGGGGUGGGAAUCAAAUUUGGGUGAUCAGAGUAGGUGACCUGUGUGCACAGUGGAAGUCAUCUGCUUCAUCCUUUACAUCUGGCCCCUGAAAACUAAUAGUGGGGUUUUUCUUUCCCCCUUGCACACAAUAUAUUAUUAAUUUGGUGGCUGAUUUUUUUUUCCCCUUUUAUCCAGGUAAGAGAUUUACUAUGAAGUGCAUUCACGUUCAGUGAUAUCCAUAAUGUAUUUCAAGCUCAGUGUCUUGAGGAAUACUUCUCACGCAGGUGUCUUGGCCUGCAUUCUGCAGGAGCCGGUGACUGCCGACCUUUUGGAUAAGGUGGCGCCGGUGCGAUGGAUGGACGGAGCAGGGAGGCAGAAGAGGAGGAGGAGCGGGACUGACGCCCCGGGGACACUAUGAGGCAUCUACUGAAGAGUGUGUCAAAAUGGAUAGUGAAUAUAUGGCGAAGAUCAACCGUCAUAGUCAGAUACAUAAACUUACAGUGGAAUAUGACACUGUCGAUAUGAAGGGCCCGUCUCAUUAUCCUGAGUUCACAGUUGUGGUCAAAAUAAAUGGUGAGGAAUAUGGUAGAGGCACUGGUAAAAGUAAAAAAGAAGCAAAAGCAAUAGCAGCAAAAGAAACGUGGGAAAUGAUUGAGGAACAGCAAAACAGUCCCUCAAAUACGGCAGCUGCAGAGUUAAUGACAACUCAGACAACCUCACUGAACCUCAUCUCAAAAUCGCCUGCACUAGAUCCUGUCAGCCUAUUAAAUACUUUUUCACAAAGGACGAAUCAAACAGUUGAUUAUACUAACAAAACUCGUACUGGAGGUGCCCAUGUUCCCAUAUAUUCUAUUAGCUGUACUAUUAGUGGCCAUGUGUAUGGAAGGGGGACUGGACCUACCCUAGCUGCUGCAAAGCAAGCUGCUGCAAAGGAAGCAUAUGAGAAGAUAGUAGCUGAAAGCUCUAAUGGCAGCUGUACAUUUAGCAAAAAUGGCAAUGUUUCUCAAGUGCCAACUGAGUCUGACUCAGAAAACAACAUUUGCUUUGAGGACUCAUCUGCAAAGCUGGUAGAAAAAAUGAAAGACAUGGCAAUAUGUGAAAAGCCUUCACCUGAUCAGAGGAACACACCAAGUUCUAUCCUGAAGGCCAAAAGAAAAUUGGCAGCUAAUUUUGCUAAUGUAAGAAACAAGGAAGAGGAAAAAAAUGUGUCAGAUUCAAAGGAAAGUUCGCCAGAUGUGAACACAAAUACUGGAGAAGAGAAUGGGAGUCCACACACUGUCAAUAAAACAUUUCUUGAUCUUUUUGAAAAAAUAGAACCUAUUGGUACAGGUGGUUUUGGGAAUGUUUUCAAGGCAACAUCGAAGAGUGAUAAGAAAACCUAUGCAAUCAAAAGAGUUGAAUUAACAGAGAAAGUGGAGCGUGAAGCAGAAGGACUUGCACGACUCACACACGAGAACAUAGUGAGGUAUCACUGCAGCUGGAAAGGGCAGGACCAUAUCAAGUACCCAGACUCAAGCCAAAAUUCAGACAAAACAAUUCCUUGUCUUUUCAUCCAAAUGGAAUUCUGUGAACAAGGGACAUUGGAAAAGUGGAUUGCAAAAAAUAGAGAAGACCGAAAGUAUCAUGGAAUGGCACAAAUCAAAUUUUUACAAAUAGUGAAAGGAGUGGAAUAUAUUCAUUCUAAAGAGUUAAUUCAUCGAGACCUCAAGCCUCAGAAUAUAUUCAUAUCAGAUGAUGAUAAAAUAAAAAUAGGUGACUUCGGUCUUGUGACUUCUGUGGCAUUUGAGACUCUGACUGAGGACAGAGGAACAAAAUCAUAUAUGGCUCCAGAACAGUUUGGGGCCAGAUAUGGAAAGGAAGUAGAUAUUUAUGCACUGGGAUUAAUUUGGUUUGAAAUUCUUUCGGCAUGCAGUUAUCAUGAAAAAGCUAAGGUAUGGCCUUCUGUUAGAAAAGGUGAGCUUCCAGAGUACUUCACUGACCAAUUUCUGUCAGAGGCAUCCAUAAUCAAAAAGAUGCUUUCAACAGACCCUUCGGCAAGAAUCACUGUAUCUCAUUUACUUGACCUUGUUAAGUCUGUUGAUGAAGAGAAGGCAUUUAAAAAUUAUUCUUACUAAAUGUCCUUUCACACCAUAUAUAAAUCCAGAGUUUGAUGAAUUUAUUACAAUUGAUGAAAUGACAAUAGAUGCCAGAAGCAACAGCAAGACUCGGGGUGUGUCUUUUCCUUGGCCACAUCAUCAUUCAUGGCUGCCAGCUGCAACCACGACAGAGCAAGAAAUCAUGUGCAAUUUCUGCAAGAAAUCAUGUGCCAUUUUUACCUGGAAACAUAGGUUGUGGAUGAGCUGGACUGUUUUGAAAAAUAAGUAAUAGAACUUAGUCCUUUUCUCCUUGAAGAUUAUGUUGAUAUGCUCAAGUGCUAACUGGGUUGUGGCAAAUCCCUGCAUCUGCUGUGUCCAUUCUCCCUUAAGGUUAUCUGUUGCUUUCCAUGGAAGAAGUGCUGUCUGGUUGUAUGUGGCUCAAACCUUUCUGAUUUGUUCAGUGAUAUUGUUAAUAAUUGCUGGAAGGUUCCCAUUAAUACCAAGACUAGUUUUGGCAGAAAAGAUACUAGGAAUAGGUGCAUGUUAUUCCUCACUGAAUUUCAGUAUUUUAAGGUGAGUUUUCUUAUCUCUUCACAGCUGCUGAUGAACCUAGCACCUUCAGUGCUCUAGAAUUUAAACAUUUAAAAUGAGGAUUUCUGAAGAAUUUAGAUUUUAAACAUUGAGCUUCUAGGAAAUGUAAUUUAGAACAAAUCUCAAUUUUUGAAAACUUUACAUUUUGAUAGUUGUCUUUUUUUGGAAAGGAACAUUCAAGGUGCUGUUAAUAUAUGAUAAUUCUCCAAUUGCCUCAGUAGUAACUGUUUGAAAUCCUGGGCUGAGAGAGCACUUUAAACAUACCCAUGCUUCUAGGUUUUAGUCCCUUAUUGUAAUACUGAGGCAUGCCUAACCCUUAAUAACUGUACUGAGUACCCCUGGUGUGCCCACUGCAGCCCCACAAAAGGCAACAGCAGGUUCUCUGCUACUCUUCAUUUAUAUCUCUCAGAGUUCAGCCUUGCCUAAACUCAAAGUACUGUGUGUGGUGUGGGGAGCAGGCUGAAAAGAUGCACAUUGGACCUUCAGGUGCUUGAAGGUUUUCUUUGAGGUUCUUUGAGCUCUGUCUUGUCAAACUGUUCAUUGCUGUGGGGCCAACAUAACUCUGUAAGGACAGAGAUUUAUAAGCAAAAAAACAGGUAAUAUGUGAAGUACUGUAUGCUUUUUCUUAAACGUUAAAUGGGUUAAAAGUGAGUGACUGCUCUAAAAAGAAUACAAAAUUAAUGUAUUUACAUUUUUAGGGAAAUUACUGAUGUUCUGGUGCGAGUAUUUGUUGCUAAAUAAGAAUGUGAUUGUACAUAUUUUUGUAAGGCCUUAAACAACUUUUUUUUUCUUCUUUGUCAUGAAUUACAUAUAUAGAAUCAUAGAAUGGUUUGAGUUGGAAGGGACCUUAAAGAUCAUCCAGUUUCAACCCCCCUGCCCUGGGCAGGGACACUUUCCAGUAGGUAACAUUACUCAAGGCCUUGUUCAAGCUGUUUUUGAACACUGCUAGGGAUGGGGCAUCCACAGCUUCUCUGUGAAACCUGUUCCAGUGCCUCACCACCUUCACAGUAAAGUAUUUCUUCCUAGUAUUCAAUCUCAACUUUUCACUUCAAAGCUGUUCCCCCUAGUCCUGUCACUACUUGCCCUUGGAAAGAGUCCCUCUCCAGCUCUCUUGGCAGCCCCCCUUGGGUACCGAAAGGCUGCUCUAAGGUCUCCCUGGAGCAAUCUCCAGGCUGAACAACUCCAACUCAAGCAACUUUAUUUGCCAGGUCCCUCACGGCCAGUGGAUGCAGUCAGCAGGUCCCAUGGACUUGUGCACCUCUAGGUUCUUUAGCUUUUCUUGACUCUGAUCUUCUUCACAUCCCUGGCCAGAUUGGAUUCCGUCAGGGCUUUAUGCUUUCCUAACCUUAUCCUUGACUGGAAUUCAUAAAGUAUUUCACUACUCUAGACUAAUUUGUAUUUCUUUGCACUGGUCAAGCUCUGUGAGAAAUUAUAUAUCCUUACAGACAAAAUACUAUUUGUGCUUUCUCUUCCCUUUAGUCUAUUGGGAUAAAAUUAACAUAUAGCUGGACUUGAUGAUCUUGAAGGUAUAUUCCAACCUAAACAAUUCUCUGAAACUAUUCAUAACAUCAAAAUUGAUAUGUGACAAUUGAUAUCUUGGCUGCAUUUCCUUUACAGUUUCUGGACGGAGCAAUGUAGCAUCAUUACCUUCUUGCUGUUAAGUAAUAGUUAGUUUGUCCCAGUAGAUUUGAUAUAUUUUCCCUGCAUAGUAUUUGUAUACUUCAGCAUUAGCUUUUUAUAAAUGGCUAGUUACAGUAGCGACUACUGUUCCCUAAAAAUAAAAGGGAAAUAAAUUUUUAAUAAAAAUCAAAAUGUAUUUUUAUGUAAAAAAUUAAAAUCCACUAUCAUUUAAUUAUAGAAAGUAUGCACUUUUAUAUAUAACAGAAUAUUGGUUCAAGUAAUGUCACUGACAUGUUUCACAAGCGUUUUUUUUUCCCCACCAAGUUUAAGAUAGUUAGCAACACCAGUCUGGUCUGUAGGCAUCCCUGUAAAGAUGAAAAAAUCCUGUUUAACACAUUAUGCAAUCAAGUGAUUAGCCAAUACUCAUGCCUUUACUCAUACUUGAAUUUUAUUACCAGUUGGGCAGUGCAUAAACAAACGUGUGAAAGAUUUAUCCUACCUCUCAAUUGUGUUAGUUCAAUCACAAAUACUAAGUUUUAAUUCCUAUUAAUUUGUGCAUUAAACAAAAUAUGAAUUUAACUCGUCAACUUAAACUCAUCUUCUGCAUACUUUGGUAUGAAUUCUUGAGUAUGGCACAGCUCUGAGCCUUUUAAAAGAUAAAAGAUACUAUGAAUUAUACACACUUAUCUAAGGCUCCUUCCUUUAGACUGGCUUUAGCCAUGAUCUGCAGCACUGUCUCCAGGACAGUUUGAAGAUAAAUCUUCAGAAUCUACAGGAUAAGUAAAAAAAAAAAAAGUGAGUAAUUGCAGCUCAGGGAAGGACAAAAUGGUUGCUAGAAAUAUUUCUAGAAUCCAUGAAGAACAGAUUAAAUAGAAUUCAAGGUUUACAUGUUAGUAACUCUCAAAUUCGUUAUAAAGCAGCAAAUACAAAUUCUACUCUCUUCGGUACUGUGAAACUGGAUAGUGUUUUAAUUGUUUCAGAAAUAUCUGCCAGCUUUUGAAGCUUUUAAUGGUAUUGGUUUUAAUAUCUGAGUUAUGUUUUCUCAAAAGUAAUUAAUUAUAAAUUCAAAUAAAUGUCAGUAUGGUUGGCUGUG